AUGGAGAUAACCUUCGCAUCGCACAGUUACUCCGACCUUCCCUCCGCCGCCAUGCCGUCCGCCUCCGGUUCAUCUCGUCCUAUCAGAGUUAUUCCUAUGCAACACCCGAACGUUGCGUCGUCCUCUUCGUUGCCUCCGAAUGUCGCGCUCUCACAGUGGGCUUCGAAGCUCCGGCGAAUGACGGCGCUCGAAUGGCUCGAGUUUUUUCUCCCUUGUUACCGGUGGAUUCGCAUCUACAAAUGGCGCGAGUAUUUUCAGUUGGAUCUUAUGGCCGGUAUCACUGUCGGAGUUAUGCUCGUUCCUCAGUCGAUGUCAUAUGCAAAAUUGGCUGGACUUCAACCAAUAUAUGGACUCUACUCUGGUUUUGUGCCCAUAUUUAUGUACGCCAUAUUUGGGUCUUCUCGCCAGCUUGCAGUCGGCCCGGUAGCAUUGGUUUCUCUAUUGGUCUCUAAUGUUCUUGGUAGCGUAGCUGAUACGUCCAGUGAAUUAUACACAGAGUUGGCAAUUUUAUUGGCCCUAAUGGUUGGGAUACUGGAGUGCGUAAUGGGACUAUUGAGGCUUGGGUGGCUGAUCCGUUUCAUUAGCCAUUCUGUAAUAUCUGGCUUUACAAGUGCUUCAGCUAUCGUGAUUGGUUUAUCUCAAGCAAAGUACUUUUUGGGGUAUGAUAUAACCAGAAGUAGCAAGAUUAUACCGUUGGUUAAAAGUAUAAUAGCUGGAGCUGAUAAGUUUUCAUGGCCCCCUUUUGUAAUGGGAUCAGUUAUGCUGGCAAUACUUCUUGUCAUGAAACACCUGGGAAAAUCGAGGAAAUACUUGCGAUUCUUGAGGGCUGCAGGUCCUCUUACAGCAGUGGUUCUGGGAACGGUUUUUGUAAAAAUAUUUCACCCACCAUCAAUUUCUUUGGUGGGAGAGAUACCGCAGGGCCUCCCCAAAUUUUCUGUUCCGAGAGCUUUUGAGUAUGCAGAGUCCUUAAUUCCAACUGCUUUUCUUAUAACUGGUGUGGCUAUACUGGAAUCUGUAGGAAUUGCAAAGGCAUUAGCUGCAAAGAAUGGGUAUGAGCUGGAUUCAAAUCAAGAGUUGUUCGGUCUUGGUGUUUCCAAUGUUCUUGGUUCAUUCUUUUCAGCAUACCCCACCACAGGAUCCUUUUCAAGAUCAGCUGUUAAUCAUGAAAGUGGUGCAAAAUCUGGAGUAUCUGGAAUAGUUUCGGGGAUCAUAAUUACAUGUACACUUUUGUUUCUAACGCCACUAUUUGAGAGCAUACCUCAGUCUGCUCUUGCUGCCAUCGUGAUCUCUGCUGUGAUUGGUCUGGUAGAUUAUGAUGAAGCCAUUUUUUUGUGGCGUGUAGAUAAAAAAGAUUUUCUUCUUUGGACCAUUACUAGCACUAUGACAUUGUUCCUUGGCAUUGAGAUUGGCGUACUUGUUGGGGUUGGAGCGUCACUUGCUUUUGUCAUUCAUGAGUCAGCAAAUCCUCACAUUGCUGUUUUGGGUCGUUUGCCCGGGACAACGGUUUAUAGAAAUGUUAAACAGUAUCCUGAAGCAUAUACAUACAAUGGAAUUGUAAUUGUUCGUAUUGAUGCUCCUAUUUAUUUUGCAAAUAUCAGUUACCUAAAGGACAGGUUGCGGGAAUAUGAAGUUGUUGUUGACAGCUCUACAAGACGUGGACCCGAGGUAGAAAGAAUCAGUUUUGUGAUUCUAGAGAUGGCGCCUGUGACCUACGUAGACUCUAGUGCUGUUCAGGCUUUGAAAGACUUGUAUCAAGAGUACAAAUUACGGGACAUUCAGAUUGCAAUAUCCAAUCCAAACCCAGAUAUUCUGCUUACUUUGUCUAAAUCCGGUUUGGUGGAGUUGAUAGGCAAAGAAUGGUACUUCGUGAGAGUACACGAUGCGGUUCAAGUUUGCUUGCAGCAUGUUCAAAGCUUGAAACCAGGAUAUGAAAGUUCACAAUCAUCACGGUCUUCGUCAUCAGAAGACAAACCAAGCAUUUUCUCACAAUUGUUUAAACAGAAAGAGAGCCGUGCAACUACCGACUUAGAGUCUGGUAAUGGAAGGCCUCCACUUGCCCCGAUCAGAGAUUCUCAAUCAGAGCCAUUAUUGCCAAAAGACCGUUGA